UCAAAACUUCUCAGGAUCUGUACAGGAAAUAUCUAUAUUAACUCCCGUAACCAUGCAGCAGCAUGCACGGGACUUUGCUUUUCCAAAACUCCAAGAGAGCCUUCCAUUCUCACCUUUUUACAGGACACUAGCACUAUCCAUCCUCUGCUCUCUCUGCCAUUAAAGCUUUUCUUUCUCUGCUCGUACUUCCAGGCGAAGCUCCAUCAGACGUCCAUCAUCGAGCAACAGCGGAAGAGAAGAAGCUGAUGAUGACGAAGACGAACCCGCCCUGCAAUGGCGUCUUCUUCUUCUUCCUUCUCUUCUUCUCAGCUUCCCUCGCACAGAGCGACCUGGACGUGCUCCUGAAGCUCAAAACCGCCAUGGUCGGGCCUUCCUCCGCCGCCCUCGGCGACUGGAUCGACUCCUCCUCCUCCUCGUCGCCGCCGCCCUUGCCGCAUUGCUCCUUCACCGGAGUCGCGUGCGACGACGGCUCGCGGGUCGUCUCUCUUUACAUCACCUCCGUCGGCCUCUCGGGUUACAUCCCACCCGAAAUCGGCCUUCUCCGUGACCUCGUCAACCUCACGCUCGCCGCCGACAACCUCACCGGGACCCUCCCGCCGGAGGUCGGCAACCUCACGUCACUCCGGUUCCUCAACCUCUCCGUCAACCUCCUCUCCGGGGUCUUCCCCGGCGAAGUCCUGCGGGCGAUGACCCAGCUCGAAGAACUCGACUUGGGCAACAACAACUUCAGGGGGCCGCUGCCGCCGGAGGUGGCGGGGCUGAAGAAGCUGAAGCGGCUCGACCUCGGCGGCAAUUACUUCACCGGCGAGAUACCGGAGGUUUACUCAGAGAUGGAGGACCUGGAAUACCUGGGCCUGCAGGGCAACCAGCUGACCGGCAGAGUCCCGGCGAGCCUCGCGAAGCUGAAGAACCUCAGGGGGCUCUACCUGGGCUACUUCAACGCGUUCGACGGCGGGAUUCCGGCGGAGUUCGGGUCUCUGAAAGAGCUCAGAAUCCUCGACAUGGCGAGCUGUGGCCUCUCCGGCGAGAUUCCGGCGAGCCUGGGCGAGCUGAAGAAGCUGGACUCUCUGUUCCUCCACCUCAACAAGCUCGCGGGCUUUAUCCCCCCCGAGCUCUCCAAGAUGUCGAGCCUCAUGUCCCUCGACCUCUCCAACAAUUACCUCACCGGAGAGAUUCCGGCGACCUUCGCCGAGCUCAAGAACCUGACUCUGCUCCACCUAUUCGCGAACAACCUCUACGGCCAGAUCCCCGAGGCCAUUGGCGAGCUGCCGAACCUGGAGGUCCUCCAGGUUUGGAGCAACAACUUCACGUGGAAGCUGCCGGAGAGCCUAGGGAAGAACGGGAGGCUGAUCUUGGUCGACGUCACGCAGAACCACUUCACCGGCACGAUCCCUCGGGACUUGUGCCGGGGAGGGAGGCUCAAGACUCUGAUCCUGACGAACAACUCGUUCUUUGGCCCCAUCCCCGAUGAAAUCGGCGAGUGCAAGUCGCUGACCAAAGUCCGAUUCGGCAAGAACUGUCUCAGCGGGACGAUUCCCCGGGGGAUCCUCAACUUGCCGCGAGCAGCUAUAGUCGAGCUCAACGACAAUCUCUUCUCCGGCGAGCUCCCGGCGGAGAUGUCCGGCGAGAGCUUGGGGAUCCUGUCGCUCUCGAACAACUGGAUUUCCGGUAAGAUCCCUCCGGCCAUUGGCAACUUUGGCGGCUUGCAUACUCUGUCCCUGGACGCGAACAGGUUCUUCGGUGAGAUUCCCAGUGAGCUGUUCUUGCCAAAGUCCCUUCUCGCGGUGAACAUCAGCGGGAACAACAUGAGCGGCGAGAUUCCUGGUUUGGUCGCUUGGUGCACUUCUCUGGAAGCCCUUGAUUUGAGCAGGAACAAUCUUGCCGGCGAGAUUCCGGAAGGCUUGUCUCGCCUGAAAGUGUUGAGCGUCCUCAAUCUGUCGAGCAACAGAUUGACCGGCCCAAUUCCUAGGGAAAUUCACCUCAUGACCAGUCUCAACACGCUCGAUUUGUCCUUCAACGAUCUCUCCGGCGAAGUCCCCCACGAGGGCCAGUUCCUCGUCUUCAAGAACUCCUCCUUCGCCGGAAACCCGAAACUCUGCUCGCCAGGCCGCUUCUCUUGCCCCUCGCGGUCAAGAGCCUCGCGCACUUCAUUGAGGCUCGUGAUCGCGGCAAUUUCACUCGUGACUGCUUCACUGCUCGUAACUGUCAUAGUCUGCGUCCUGAGGCGGAAGUGGCGGGGCUCGAGAGCCUGGAAGCUCACUGCCUUCCAGAAGCCCGGCUUCAAGGCCGAGGACGUGCUCAAGUGCCUGGGGGAGGAGAAUGUCAUUGGCAAAGGUGGCGCGGGGAUUGUCUACCGCGGGUCGAUGCCCAACGGGGCAGACAUUGCCAUCAAGCAGCUGGUGGGGCGGGGCGGCAGCGGGUGCAGCGACCACGGCUUCUCCGCAGAGAUUCAGACCCUCGGUCGGAUCCGGCACCGGAACAUCGUGAGGCUCCUCGGAUACCUCUCCAACAAGGACGCCAACCUGCUGCUGUACGAGUACAUGCAUAAUGGGAGCCUAGGGGAAUUGUUGCACAGUUCGAAAGGCGGCCACUUGCAGUGGGAGACACGGUACCGGAUAGCAGUGGAGGCAGCGAAGGGGCUGUGCUACCUCCACCAUGAUUGCUCCCCGCUCAUAAUUCACCGGGACGUGAAGUCGAACAACAUUCUGCUGGAUUCGGACUUCGAGGCACAUGUCGCGGAUUUUGGGCUGGCCAAGUUCUUGCAGGAUGCCGGCGCGUCGGAGUGCAUGUCCGCGGUGGCCGGUUCCUACGGCUACAUAGCCCCAGAGUAUGCCUAUACGCUGAAGGUGGACGAGAAGAGUGACGUGUACAGCUUUGGAGUCGUGCUGUUGGAGCUGAUAGCUGGGAGGAAGCCGGUGGGGGAGUUUGGUGACGGCAUGGACAUCGUGAGGUGGGUGAAGAAGACCAUGUUGGACCUCCCACAGCCGCCGUUGGAUGCAUCGGACCUCCCACAGCCAGCGUCGGUGCUCGCUAUGAUCGACUGCAGGUUGAGCGGGUAUCCGAUGGCGAGCGUGAUCCACCUCUUCAAGAUUGCGCUCCAAUGCGUCGAGGACGAGAGCUCCCAGAGGCCCACCAUGAGAGAAGUCGUCCACAUGCUGACGAACCCACCUCCGUCUGCCGCCAUCCUCGCCGCUCCGGAUCUCAUCAAACUGUAGGGACUCCCUCUCUUUUCUCAAUAAAAUAAAGCUGAUAUGCUUUGCAAAUGAACUUGGCCAGAAGAGGCUGCGUAAGUGGUCUUGAAUGUGUGUUUCCUUCUGUGGUUGUUCAAGAAGUCUCUUGAAAAAUUGGCUACUAGAAGCUCAUCGAUCCGAUUCGGCGUUCCGCAAAUGGUUGGUCCGUGCAUUUCGAGUUGCAAUAAGGAGGCAAACGUCAGCGGAUGCCGGAAUCCCUGAAUCAGAGUGACUAGCCCCUGGCAAAU